AUGGGCGGGCAUGCCAAACGGCCAGAUACUGAGUUGGGGGCUCAGCCCCAGGUGGGUUUGCGAGGAAUUAAUGAGCUCACCAAUAAGUUCGUGGAAAGAGGUUUCCGACCUGAAGAAAAAAACAGGACUUUUGAGGGCGCUUUGGAGUAUUUAUUGGAGGCCUCCCUGGAACAGUUUCUGGCGGCGUAUCGUGGUCUUUUCCCCUUGCCCAUGAAACCUGGAUUUGAUCUCUGCCAGCCGUGGGGCAAUUUUGUGGCAUGGAUUUAUGCUAUCCGCCACGAGGGCAUGCCGGCUGAACAAUCACAACUGGGCAGACGUUUGUAUUAUCAGCUUCGGGUGGCUCAGGCGGCGAAGGAAAACCCCGGAGUCAACAUCCAAACUCUUGCCAAUGCCAUCAGCAAUCCCAGAAAAGAAAAAGACCCCGUUUUUCAGGCGGUUCAGAAAGCGAAGAAACAUUCCGCCC